UGGCCGGGAGGCCGGUUCUCGCGAGAGCCGCGCGCAGCGGCCUGGCGGAGCGGCGAGAGGGGCCCGCGAUCGUGCGUCGGAGCCGGCACCGCGGCGCGCUCGUAAGAGUCCAGGAUGAGUUAUGCAGAAAAACCUGAUGAAAUCACAAAAGAUGAAUGGAUGGAGAAACUUAAUAACUUGCAUAUCCAGAGAGCAGACAUGAAUCGUCUUAUCAUGAACUACCUUGUUACAGAGGGCUUUAAGGAAGCAGCAGAGAAAUUUCGAAUGGAGUCUGGAAUUGAACCCAGCGUCGAUUUAGAGACUCUGGAUGAAAGAAUAAAAAUCAGAGAGAUGAUUUUGAAAGGGCAGAUUCAAGAAGCCAUUGCAUUAAUAAACAGCCUUCAUCCAGAGUUGCUAGAUACAAACAGAUACCUUUACUUCCAUUUGCAGCAGCAGCAUUUGAUCGAGCUGAUUCGGCAGCGUGAGACAGAAGCAGCUCUGGAGUUUGCUCAGACCCAAUUAGCGGAACAAGGCGAGGAGAGCAGGGAGUGCCUGACAGAAAUGGAGCGCACGCUGGCUCUGCUCGCCUUUGAUAAUCCUGAAGAGUCCCCCUUUGGAGACUUGCUCAACAUGAUGCAGCGACAGAAGGUGUGGAGUGAGGUUAAUCAAGCUGUUCUAGACUAUGAAAAUCGUGAAUCAACACCCAAGCUGGCAAAAUUACUGAAACUACUACUGUGGGCUCAGAACGAGCUGGACCAGAAGAAAGUGAAAUACCCCAAAAUGACAGACCUCAGCAAGGGGACGAUUGAAGAACCCAAGUAAAACGUGUGCAGAUGGACAUCAAACAAUCAUAGUACUGCACAGGAUACAUUUAUAUCAGUCUGUGACUGAAAUAUUUUUACUACAGUACAGCACUCAAUUCAGAUUUUUUUCAAUGAACAUCGAAUUUGAAGGGAGAAAAGUCCCUUUUUAAUGCUGCAAAAACUGCAUUGAAAGGCGCUGUAUCUCUUUGGAAGUCUGACUUAGGCUAUGCACUAUAAUACAUUUUUAAAAAAAACAAAAAACAAAAAACCCACAAAACAAUUAAAAAAAGGACAGGAAAAAAUAAAAUAGCAUUUUUAAAAGUUCAGAAUUCAAGCUUUCUAAUUAGCUACUGAUGCCUAGUUUAGUGGCCAGUGAGUUAAUACGGAGUUACAUUGGCAACUCUUCAGUUCAGUUUAACUGUCUCCUGUUUGAAAUGUGUAUAUAGAACAGUGAAUAUUUUCUACCUUUAAGUUAUAGCCAGAUAUACAUUCCCCUUAAAAGUAACUGGUCAAGUUUUCAUCUAUAAACUUUGCAGUAAAGGUCAACCUUUUGCCAUAGGAAAUAGUGUACAAACUUGUAAAGCAUAAUUUAAGGAGGUUGUUUUGUUUUGGUCCUUUUUUUUUCUUCUUCUUUCCUUGUUUCUGACUUUUUGGUGCUUUAUAUGGUGAGAGCUAUGUUCAUAAUGGAUCAGUGACCCAUCUUUUCAGGAGGAGUAUUGUUGGAAAUAAGUUUCUUCUUCUGCAUUUUCAUGGAUGACCAAAAUGGCCCCCAGAGGUAUUGAGGGUGUUUGUUAACAGAGGCCUUUCCCCCUGCUCUCUGAUAUUUGUAGACAGUGCAGGCUUCUAAAGGUAUGGAGGCCACUGGAUGUUUGUAAGCUGAAGGAAAUACUGUUAGGAAAUUAAAUGGAGGGGAGAGAUGCUAAUUGAAGCCUCUGAUGAGGGAUCUGCUUUUACGUUUGCUAAGAAUCCUAGUUUUAGAGCUACUUGGGCUGUUUUGAUGCCUUGAGAUGAGCAGAGCAGGGGCUGUCUAAACCCAGAAAUGUCCAUCCUCUCAAUUCUUCCCUACCUUUCUGAAGAGAUGCAGUUCACCUUCACCUGUAUUUGUUUACUGGCUCUCCUCACUCCGGUUAGGAUUAUAGUUUCAAUGUUUUACAUGUGAAGUCCAGACUUUCAAGUCAACACAUUGUAAUCUCUUGGGUAUGGGAUGUUCUGGUCAACUCGGUUUUGCAGCACUGUCUGCUGGUGUAGGUCCAGGGCUAGAGAGCACUAAUCUUGCCAAAUCCACCUCUAGACUUCUUUUUUGGUUUUUUUUAGGCCUGUUUAUCAAGUUAUUACAGAUUUGCUGAACAAAGACCAAGGUUAACCAUCAUGAAACACUGGCAGUUGUCACAGCAGUCCCAUACUGUACAUAAAUCUAGUCUUGUAUGGUAGAUAUUACCCUGUAGAAUGGAAUUUAGUUUUCACUUAAUUUUACUGGAAUACUUAAUGCAUUAAACUGUAUAAAAGCUUUGCAGAUACACCCAACUUACAGAGACUAACAAAACCCUGUUACUGAUUGCAUUACUGUGAACACUGUUUACUUGUGUAGCUGGUUUUUGUGUAUGGGGCGGGGCGGGGGGGGGUUGUGAAGUUGUUUUUGGAGCAGCUAUCAGAGAUCUGGAGCACCAAGGCUAAGCUAGGUAUGUGGAUAUACCAAAAGGUUAAGCUAGGUGAUGGGUAUAACAAAAAGUUAAGCUAAAUGAUGGAUAUAACAAGAUUAUUCAUCCCCAUUUAUCAUUCUGUUCUCCACUUUGAAGCAUUUGUGGUGUGGAGGUUCUAAAGUUGAUGUAUAACAAGCGAUGGGUAGCCCCCCCCAACUUUAAGGGCAACCUAGAUUCCUUCACCCAGGCUGGUUAUUCAACACCAAACUUUUGACAGUUGUGGGUUAUGAGGUUUGGGGGUUUCUUAAUUUUAUUUUUGCUUUUUCCAGUCGGUUGAUGUCAAAAAAACAUGGAGUAGAACUUUUAAUUUGUGAGCAACUGUAUGGUUAAUGUAACUUCUGUUUAUUAACAGACUGCAGCAACAAAACUGGAAUAGCUCUUCAUUUUUUUUCUUUUCAUGGAUAACUGAUCAGCUUUCCCUCUGCUCUGACACUUGUGCUGGUUAAACCUCAUCUGAAGCUUCUCCUGGGUGAAGUGGAAAGCAGUGGGUUUUUGUGGCAUGACUAGCAUUUUUCUCCAUGAGAAAUGCAGUAUUACAGCCCUGGUUGAGAAGUUCAUUGCACUUCUAGAAUGCUACAUUAGUUUCUUAGAGUUUUUGGGCAGAGGCUGAGCAUAGAUUACUUGAAUUUUCACUAGCUUGUUUGUUUGGUUUUUUGGGUUGUUUUGGUUUUUUUUUUUUUUGUGGUUUUUUUUUCUGUAGUAGUUUUUUUUUCAUUAAACCUGUUUUUUAAGGGGUUUAAUACCAAAUUAGCCUAGAACUGUUUCACUUUGUUUUUAUGAACAUGCCACAUUGAUAAGCAGCUUUAAUCUGUAAAGUUUUUUGGUAACUGCAAGAAAAUAUUCGAAAGCUAUGCAUUUUAGAGAAAGCAUAAAGGUAGUGAUAUUGGUACUUCUAAGGACCUUUAUAUUAGUGUAUAUAAAAUAGUUUGCAUAUACAAAUAUAAUAUAUAAUCUGUUUGAAAUACUCUUGAAUGGUAGGGGCUGUGAAAUCUAAUUUAUGGAAAUAUUGUACACAGUAAACAGACGUCUCAGUACACGAAUGAACCGUUGUCAUAUGCAUGAGAAGUGUCAUAUUUGGUGACUACUAAUGAAUGGGAUUUUGUUAACCCAUUUUUGUUAGAUAACCACUUUAACAAAUACUAUUAAAUGCCACUUUGCUCAGUUUGCUUUAGUGUAAAAAAGUCAGAUUUUCUUUCACUUCAUUCAGAAUGACACCAACAUAACCUGGGUAAGAUUGUUGCAGACUCAGUGAUGGCAGAGAAGUCUCGUGCUGCUCCUUCCUCCCACAGCUUCUUGGUUGAAAGCAAAUUAGAUUAUCUUAAUUACAUUUUUUUUCAUCAUGGACAUGGAGAAGUUGGGUUGUGAAAUACCCUGUCUUAACACCUCUGCAGAAAGGCUGUGUAUGGAGUGUGCUUUGAUUAGGCUACAAAUCUUUUCCAGAACCUAUCAUCUCCCAAGUAACUCUCAGCACCUCCUUACCACCUUUCUUUUCUGUCUGUCAAAUUUAAAGUAAGCUGUGGUUGCUUCAGUUGUACAGUGGAGUCACUGGGGAGGGAAUCACAGCUUUCCAUGAAGGUGGAGUACUGAUGGUACUUUCUAAGAAAUACUGAACUGUUUACACAGCUGGGAAACUGGUAGCUGCCCAGAACCUGGCAGCAGAGUUUCAACUAAAACAUGUCUUCUCUAGACUCUUGAAAAGGCAACAACCCAGAGCUUUAAACCAGGUGAAUUGCUUCUCUCUAAGAUAAAUUCACUCAGACACUUUGAGCUCCUUCCACCCACAUUAAGAGGAAAAAUUGGAAUGAACAUGGAGAGCAUUUAUGUAGCAUUUCAGAUGUGUAAAAUUGACUGGAGAGACCUUUUCUCCACUCCUUGUAUACAGAGGGCAAGCCAUUAUUUUAGGAUGGUUUUAUUGGUUUUAAUUUGUGAAGUUUAUGCUUUAUAUGUUUGAGUAUGAGCUUAAAAGCAUUACUUAAAAAUCCAUGAUUAGUAGAUGAGUGUUACGAAACCAACACCCAACCACUUGCUGUCCCAAGUUCCUUAUGAAGCUUAUUAAAUUGAGUUGGAGUUUAA